UCAAAAUUGAUAAUAUUCUGUUUGUAUUCUCGCAAGUAAAAAAUUGAUCAAACUGUUUAUUUCGCAAUAUUGUUGCCGUUUUGCAAAGUACAGUUGAAAUCUGAGCAGUUUUAAAUAAUUAUAGUGUCUAGUGUAGUAUUAGGUACUUAGUUAUGCUAAUAUCAUAACAAUAUGAGACGAGGUCAUCAAGGUAUUGGUGGAUGGCGUAGUGAAAACCCACGAAUGUUCAGACAGCGAAACUGUGAUAAUUCACCAUACCGAACUCAAAGAAACUAUAACCAACUAAAUACUAGCAGAUAUCCGCUAGGCUCUAGGCCUCAUAGACCACAUUUCAACCCUCACAUUGGAAAUAAGCAUGGAAAUCAGGACCAAGAAUGGACAAGAUAUAGACAAGAAUCCCAAUUUUCCUUUGCUAGAGCAAAAGAUAAGGAACCACAUCAAAAAUCUUUUAUGAAAGAAAUUAAACAUGGUGAUAGCUCUAGUAAUUAUAAACGGUCUUCUCACAAUUCUGAGGGAUAUUUGAUAAACAACAUGGGUGAUAUUGAUCAGAGACAAAUCAUUCAAAAUAGAAUUCAUACCAUAUCACCUUGGAAUCAUGAUGGUGAUGAAAGAAACUAUAUGAAUGCAUAUAAUGAAAAAUCACAUCAGUAUAAUAAACAAACUGACUACGCUGGUCAUAGACCACCUUCAUCGGACCAUUAUGGUGGCAAUCCUAUACCUACAAAUGAAAAUUCAAACACAUUUAGUAGGUCUGUUGAUGACACAGUUAAUAUUAUAAGAAAGAGAUUAUUAAAUCGAGAAGAAACACACCAAACAAAUGAAGAUAUUAAGGAUAAUGGCAAUCAUAUGCAUGAAAACAUUAAAACCAUAGAGAGUUAUAGUCAAUAUGAUCAAAAUCUAAUAAAAAAGAAAGCACCUAAGCCGAGAAAAGUGAGUUGUGAAAGAAUUAAAAAUAAAAUUGUUCAUCAAUUAUUUAAAAUGGACAAAGAAAAGAUUCAUAAAUUACUAGAUAACCCAAACUCUUCUACAAAAUUUGAAUAUGCUCUAAAUAGUCUACUUACGGAGUCUCAAAACAGUUUUAACCGACAUAAGAGAUCUGUAGCUGAGAAAUCACUCUGCUCAUCAAGUAAAGAUUUUAUGCAAAAUGACAAUAACACGAUUUAUGAAGAUACUUUUAUGAAACAAAUGCAAUGUAUUCUUGAUCCACAAGAUACUAUUUUGUUGGAAGAUAUUAAACCAGUUGUUAUGGCAGAGUUAAGCAACCUCUUACAAUUAGAUGAAGUUGAUAGUAGAUAUUCUUAUGACCAGCCCACAAAUUAUUCCUACCAUAAUGAUAAGGAUCCAGCUGAGAAAUAUUCUCAAGAUUACCAUACAUAUAACUAUUUAAAUAAACAAGAGUGUGACAACUAUUAUGAAAAUUUUGAAGUAGAGGUGAGUAAUGAGACUUUAGAGAAUUCUAUGCCUUUAUAUGAAAGAAGAGUCCGAAAUAAAAGUAUUACAUUCUCGUCUGAUACAGACACAGGAACAGGUUGGAGAUCUUCUACUAAGAUUGACACUGAAUGGAACAAACCCUGGGAUGCUGAUAAUAAAGAUGUCUCUCCAAGAAAUGAACCAUCAAAAUCAAGUGACCAAAGUGCACCACUCUUUGAACAUAAUUCUGAAUUUUUAGAAGAAGAAGAUACAUUUGCUGAGUUAGAUAGACAGUAUCAUGUUGUUGUUGACCAUAAUUUUAUUGAGGAUGAUGAGUUAUCCAACCCCAUUAGAUUUUCACCUUCAUCUCAACAAGAAAUGAAAAGUGAUACUGUCAAAGGUCAUGUCAUCAAAAAAGAAAAUGAUAUGUUGAAACCUCACGAAAAAAACGAAAUACCUCUUAAAGACAAGAUAGUCAAUGAAUUACAAAAUUUUGCAUCAGCAAAACUUGAGUCGCUUAGGGUUCCUACAACUGAAAUUAAUAGUGAUGAAAACUGUAAUGGUCAAAGUAUGACAUGGUCAGUGACAAAGGAAGCUGAAAAAAGUCAAUCAUUGGAUAUUGAGACAAAAAAGAAAACUAACCAGCUUAUACACUCAGAAACAACUGAAACAUCAACUCCAACAUCUAAUUCACGGAAACGAUCUAUAGACCGAAGACCGUCUCAUAGAAAGGAAAAACGUAAAAAAACCCAGGAUAAGGAUGAAAAUAAAAAACUAUGUCAAGAUAAGGUUGCUUGUUCCAUAAAUAAAGAUAAAAUGUCUAGUAAUAGUGAAAAUAUGUUAAAUGAUGUUUCAAAAGCUUGUUCUGAUCCCAAACAAAACAAAGAAAAGAAAUUUCACUUAGAUAACAAUAAAAAAAUUGACACUAAUGACAGAAAUAGUUCGGAAAAGUGUGUGAAGGACAAAGAAACACCAAUUAAAGCAAAAACUUGUGAAGACAGAAAAAGACAAAACUCUACCUCAUCAAAUCAUUCCACCAGUCCUAAGAAUAUAGCAUGUGUACAAUCCACAUCCUCAACCAAAGCUGAUUCAAAAUCAUCAUUGAAAUCUAUAGAUAUGUUUACAGAAGUUCCCAAAAAAGUCAAUAUUCAUCAAGCGUUCAGGAACACAGCUGUUAGUAAUACAGGCAAACAAAUAGCUCAGAUAGAUAAAGAUAAACCAUUAUUACUUUCGAAUCACAAAUUUCAAAAAUGUACCAGGUCCCAUGAUCCAAAAUGUUUUUUAUCAAAACAAACACAAACAAGUAAACCUUCCAUAACAUCGCAAUGUACACAAACAAGUAAACCUUCCAUAACAACGCAAUGUACACAAACAAGUAGAAAGAGGUUUGCUAGAGGUAUUCAGGUAGAUUUACAGGAACUUGAAAGUAAAAAAAAUACUAAAUCCACUGAUGCCUUAGAAAGAAUGAAACAAAUAGAUUUAGAAAUACAAGAAUUGCUUCAAGAAAAAUUUAAGCUGUACAGCUCUCUAGAAAACACAGGUGGUACUGCUCACAUACCAAUGCAAAAUUUAGGUAUGACUGUGUUAAAUGUCAGUUCUUUUGAAAAUAAUAAAGAAGAUAAUGAAGAUGAGGAUAUAGAAGAAACCAUUGUUAACAAUUUAUCAAAUAUUCCUGCUGAAGAGUUAGAACAAAUUGCAUUUGAAAGUGUAGAAAGUCACUGUCCAUCCCCUGCUAAAAGUCAACGACGACAAAAGCAAAAAGUCUCCUCUAAUAUAGAGAAUGAUGCUAAUUCACAUAUGAAGAAUAGAAACAAAGCUAAAACACUUAAUUUUUCGCUUAUCGAACAGAUUAUUACUGACGAUAGACCUUUGGAAGAUAUUAUAUCACUAGAUAACCUCGAGACUACUCCGAGCAAAUACAAAAAGAAGCAAGUCAAACCAAAAAUGUCAAAAAGAAAGCUCAGUAAAACGAAGAAAAAAAAAACUCAAGUACAUAAUGAGAUUGACUUUAAAGAAUGUUACAUAUUAUUAUUGCGUGAAGAUUUGAGUAAGUAUAUGAUUGGUAAUAAAUUGAAAACAGAAGAAGAGACAGACAAAAGUAAUAUUAAAGUGAAUGCAGUUAUGGAAUAUUCAAUUAGUCCAGUUGCAGAAGAAUCAGAUGUUGUAUCAACUUUAUGUGAAGAUCUAGUUGAGGAAACAGUUAUCAGCAGCGAGAUUCAAUUCGACAUGUUGGACGUUUCUGAAGAUAUUGUUAUUGGUGAAAUCUUUGACGAGAAAGCUGUAACUGAGAAAGAAGAACAAGUGGCAAUAAGCGAAGAAAUAAUUUUGGACAACAGUCAGUCGUCAAUAGAUGAUAACACGACGCCGAUCGAAACACGAGGCGGUGAAUGUAAACUAUAUGAUUAUCUGGCUGAUGAGAAUCUGCAGCGCGACUCACUUGUUGCAAAUGGAAACGCUGAUGCUAUUCUAGCAAUAGAGAGUGUUGGACCAAACUUCUUAGCGGCUGGUCUUGACGGAAAUGUUUAUUAUUUUAACGGUGACGGACAUUUGAUCAGCACGCUACGGGGAUCUAAUUUAGCUGUAACAUGCCUUUGUGUAGUUAAAGAGAAGUAUGGUACUACGGUGUAUACUGGCUCCCUGGAUUCACGUAUACGUAAUUAUGAUCUAGAGACGGGACUAGAGAAAGGCCCCGAGUGUAAUGUACUAAGUCCCAUACAGACAAUGGAUCGCGCUUGGGACACGGUAUUCGUUGGUACAAGGACUGGUUUUGUACUUCAGUUUGAGUGCAAAAACAACUUACUUAUACCAGUGAGUACAGUGAAGUUUUCUGACCAAUCAAUCUUGGCACUGCGGGCAAUGAAGGAAGGACCCAGAAAGGUUUUGCUGGUAGCUGCUCGCUCUGAGAAUGUGACAAUCAAAGAUGCUCAAACUGGUCUCUUACUCCGGACACUCAAUGGACCUAAAAUGACAGUGUAUACCCUGUUGUUUGAAGAUGGGAAGGUGUAUUGUGGAACCAGCAGCCAUCAGAUACAAGUGUUUGAUUAUACGAGUGGCUCCCAUGUUGGAACCCACGAAGGCGGUAAAGGCGCAGUGUGUUUACGGGCGGUGGGAGGACUUUUGUUCGCGGGCUGCUACGAUGGAUGUAUUUAUGUAUAUAGGGAGGGUGAACCCAGGCCUUUCGCACAACUACGCGGACCCAGCCUUAUGUUAUUAUGCCUGACUAUAGUCGGUACCAAGAUUAUCGCUGGUUUCAAAGACCGGAGUCUGUAUAUAUGGAAGAUACCAUUAAGUAUAUUGCAAGAGAUGAUAUUGUAAAGCCUAUAAUUAAUUUGUAGGCUUAUAGUUGACCUUUAUUCUUGAUUCAUUUACCUCGUUUGUACAUAAAAGAAAGUUUUAAUAUGA